UCUUCCCCCAACCUCCUCAAUCAAUCAAUCAUUCUCCAUUUUCCACUUUCACUUUCACUUUACUCCCACUUCUUUCUUCAUUCUCUCUAUAUUAUCAAAUGCCCUCAGUUCCAUUGCUCAACUGAAGAUCACAACUAUUUACCCCUAUGGAAGAGAGGCCGGAGACGGAGCUUAUUUCCAUUCCGGCGACCCCACGAGUUUCCACGCCGGAGAUUCUCACGCCGACGGGUCAGAGGUCGCCUAGGCCGCCUUCUAAAGAAGCUAAGUCUUCCACGGCAUGGACUCCGACGUCGUUCAUUUCGCCGAGGUUUUUGAGCCCCAUUGGGACUCCCAUGAAAAGGGUUCUUAUUAAUAUGAAGGGUUAUUUAGAGGAAGUGGGUCAUCUCACUAAGCUUAACCCACAAGAUGCUUGGCUUCCCAUUACCGAGUCGCGUAAUGGUAAUGCUCACUACGCUGCUUUUCAUAACCUUAAUGCUGGUAUUGGCUUCCAGGCUCUCGUUCUGCCCGUUGCCUUCGCUUUCCUUGGCUGGAGCUGGGGUAUACUAUCACUAACCAUAGCCUAUUGCUGGCAACUUUAUACCCUUUGGAUCCUAGUUCAACUUCAUGAAGCAGUUCCAGGCAAAAGGUACAACAGAUAUGUGGAGCUUGCUGAAGCAGCAUUUGGGGAAAGAUUGGGUGUAUGGCUUGCUGUAUUUCCUACUGUCUAUCUAUCAGCAGGAACUGCAACGGCAUUGAUUCUCAUUGGAGGAGAGACAAUGAAACUCUUUUUCCAAAUAGUCUGUGGGCCACUCUGUUCAUCAAAUCCUUUAACAACUGUAGAGUGGUACCUUGUAUUUACAUCUCUCUGCAUUGUUCUUUCUCAAUUGCCAAACCUCAACUCAAUUGCUGGACUUUCCCUUAUUGGAGCUGUGACUGCCAUCACUUACUCCACCAUGGUUUGGGUCCUCUCUGUUAGCCAGCAAAGGCCCCCAACCAUCUCAUACGAACCCCUUUCGAUGCCAUCGGCUUCUUCCUCUGUUUUCUCCGUCAUGAAUGCACUUGGAAUCGUAGCCUUUGCUUUCAGAGGCCAUAACUUGGUUUUGGAAAUUCAGUCAACAAUGCCAUCAACUUUUAAGCACCCUGCUCAUGUUCCCAUGUGGAGAGGGGCCAAAGUUGCCUAUUUCUUCAUUGCAGCUUGUUUGUUUCCAGUUGCUAUCGGAGGAUAUUGGGCUUAUGGAAAUCUUAUGCCUUCAGGAGGGAUGCUCAAUGCUAUAUAUGCAUUUCACAGCCAUGAUAUUCCCAGAGGGCUUCUUGCCAUCACCUUCCUUCUAGUUGUGUUCAAUUGUCUAAGCAGUUUCCAAAUUUACUCGAUGCCUGUUUUUGACAGCUUUGAAGCUAGCUACACAAGUCGCACAAACCGCCCUUGCUCAAUCUGGGUUCGUUCUGGUUUCCGUGUUUUCUAUGGAUUUGUCAACUUCUUUAUAGGAGUAGCACUUCCUUUCCUCUCCAGUUUAGCUGGUCUGCUUGGAGGACUCACUCUUCCAGUCACAUUUGCUUACCCUUGCUUCAUGUGGGUUCUCAUAAAAAAGCCUACGAAGUUCAGUUUCAAUUGGUACUUCCACUGGACAUUGGGUUGGCUAGGCAUUGCUUUUAGCUUGGCUUUCUCAAUUGGAGGAAUAUGGAGUUUGGUAAACAGUGGACUUAAGUUGAAGUUCUUCAAACCCAGUUGAUCGAAGAAUCAUCAGAGCAGAGCAUCAUAAUAUAUAGCAAGAAUGUCAACUUGAAUUUCUAAGCAAAUGAGAUUUUCCUAAAGGCGUGCCAUCUCAUGCUACGUACGUGAUCGACAUAGUAGUAUCGACAUCUUUGUGGAUAUAGCUAAAAAGUUUAUAAAAUUCUCUAUGGAGACGUGGAAAAUCCGGUUUGUUACUCUUAUCAAUCACUGUUAAUGGUUUCAUUUAUGAUAUCAAAAUCUCUUGUUUGUAGGAAAA